AUGAUCGCACAGCAUAUUGGCGCCGAGGGAACGAUCGUCCUCAAUGACAUGGACGAAGGGAAUCUCGCGCGUGCCGAGCACGCCGCUCGAAAAGCACUGAAUCCACAGAAUCCUGAUUCCGCGAGCGUUAUUGCCAUCCAAGGCAACUUCGCUCAGCUCCCGCAAGAACUCUCAAAGCGUGAUAUCCAAGCGGAUAUGGUCCUCGCAGAUCUGGGAUUCGCGAGCACACAAGUGGACGAUCCGGAGCGGGGGUUGAGUUUCCGGAACUCUGGACCGCUGGAUAUGCGACUGGAUCAAACCUCGCCGAUCGAUGCCGCGGAGUUGGUCAACACCCUCCCAGAACGCGAACUCGCGGAUCUGAUCAAGCGAUUUGGAGAGGAAAGACACGCUCGGAGGAUCGCAUCAAAGAUUGUUGAAGCGCGAGGACUUGCGCCGAUAGAGACGACAGAUCAACUCGCUGAUCUUGUCCGAUCGGCUGUCCCGUACACUCGAGGACCUCGACCUUCCAUCCACCCCGCGACUCGCACCUUCCAGGCGCUCCGCAUCGCGGUCAACGAUGAGCUCGGCUCCCUCGAAUCGCUCCUCCGCUCCAUCGCGAUCGGCGCCGCGAAAGUGCACAAGGGAGAACCGAGCUGGCUCGCAAGCGGCGCACGGAUCGCGAUCAUCGCGUUCCACUCGCUCGAAGAUCGUCCGGUCAAGCAAGCCUUUGCUCGGAUGAACACGGACGAGCACAUCGAGUUGAUCACACGCAAGCCCGUAGGGGCCGAUGAGCAAGAGAUCGAGGGUGCUCGAUCCAACGAUCGGGUGAUCCAGUUCCAGACGCAAGGCCGCGUCUAUGCAUUGAUCUGUUUGAUCAUGUUUCAGUUCAGUUGUUUCAUUCGGUGCAGAGCCAAGGACCAGGCCGUGACCAGAGAAAGCAAACUCGCGCUCAUUCUUUCCUUCGUCCUCAUCCUCGUGGUCGGAGUGCUUGUCAGUGACCACUUCUCCCAAGCGGGAGCGAUGGAUCCUGAGAGUCUCGAUGCGUCGCCCAACCAGCCCAUCGUGCAACUGCCCGGCGCUGAGCGUGAUCGUAUCAACGAAGCGAUCGAACGCGUCAUCCCUGAGAAGCAACCAGACCCCAUCGUCAUCGCCAAUGGAUCAAACUACAGCAACUCCACCUCCUCAGGCUCAUUGCUCGACCGCUUGAGCAACGGGAUCAACAACGAACUCGCGAAGAACAUCGAGCAGAUGAAUGCGCCGGCGCUUGCGAGUCCGACUAAAUCAGAAGACACCAAGACCUCAACCCUGCGUCCGCUCAAGGAACCAACCUACGCGACCUACAUCGUUGAAGAAGGCGAUUCGCUCUACCGCAUCGCGGCGCGUUCGCUUGGAGAUGGGAACCGCUGGCGCGAGAUCCAGGAACUCAACGCUGAUAAGGUUGGUCGUGACGGAGUGAUCGCUGUAGGAAUGAAACUCAAGCUCCCAUCCAAUGCGCGAGUCUCCGCACCUACGCAAAGCAAGCCAACUCAAUCGGAGCGGAAGACCAGCCAAUCGGUCAAGACCUAUGUUGUGGUUCCAGGUGAUACGCUCGGAGAGAUCUCCAUGCGUCUGCUCGGAACUUCCAAGCGUGUCGAUGAGUUCGUGUCAUUGAACGGGCUCGACGACGCCAACGACAUCCGUGUGGGUAUGAAGCUCAAAUUGAUCGUGCUGAUCGUGGCGCUUGGUUCGACUGGAGUCGGUGUGCUGUCCGUGCGUCAAUCCCGCCUCGUCGCAUCCAAUGAGAUGACCCAGUCCAGACUGCGGAGCCGACAGCUCACACAGCGAUCUAUGGAACUGCGCGCCCAGAUCGCACAGAACAUCACUCCAGAUCAGAUCCGCGCGAUGCUCGGCGACGACGCGACCAGCGAGUUUGUCGACCAGACGCACCACAACAUCCAACUGCUCGAUCCAAGCGAGCCGGAACCAGAGCAGAUCGACGAGCUCCAAGAGUACGCAUUGUCCACCGCGAUCCCCGCUCAAGAAUCUGUGCUCACCCAUCGCGUCCUGCUUGCUCUGAGAAUCGCCAUCAUCUUCGGACUCGUGCUCGUGCUGGGACGCGUCGCGCAGCUCCAGCUCUUCCCAAGCGAAGCGCUCGCUGAUCACAUCCAACCUAGAGCAACUACGCACACGCUCGGCGCUACACGAGGAGACCUACUCGACAGACGCGGACGCGUCCUCGCGACCACACGCGUCGCGCGUCGAGUCAUCGUCGAUCCAACAACCAUCGAGAAGAACCUCGACCAAGCCGUCGUGGGGUUGUCCGAAACGCUGAAUCUCAACCCCGGCGAGUUGGGCGCUCGCAUCAUCGGCGCUGUUAUGGAGAACAAACGCCGCGCUGAAAUCAUCGCAGAAAUAGAGCAGCGUGAGCGUGACGGACUCGCGCCGCUCGUUGAUGAAUCGGGUGAAGCAAUUGCCAAGCCCCGAUUGAGCCGAUAUCUCCCGAUCGGUGGAUUGAUCGAUCUGGAAGCCGCCGAAGCGAUCAAAGCACUCAAAAAAGAGCAUAAACUCAGCGGCAUCUUCCUCGAAGACCAGCAAGUCCGACAAGCGAGCGCCAGCCCACUUAUUGGAUCCAUCAUCGGGAAACUCGGAUACGAAGACGAAAGAGCGGUAGAACGCACAGGGAUCAUCGGCGCUGAAGAACUCUUCCACAACCGACUCAAAGGCGACGACGGCUCGCUCACCUAUGUCCGCGAUGCGAGUGGGGGACCAUUGUGGGUCCAGCGCGGCGCGUGGACCGAAGAACAACGCGGCGACGAUGUGCGACUCUCGAUCGACCUCGAGAUCCAACGCAUCGUGCAGGAAGAACUCCAGAAAGGCGUAGAGCAUGCUGACGCUGCUGGAGGACGAGCUGUUGUGGUCAAUCCACAAACUGGUGAAGUGCUCGCGAUGAUUGAUAUCAUCCGCGAGAUCCCUGAUCUCGUCGAGUUCCCUUGGUACGACCCCAAGGGCGAUAUCCCGGCACAAACACUCCCAGACCAAGCUGAUCGCCCACGCUGGCGCGUCCUUGAACCUGAUACACAACGAGGACAAGACGAAGCACUCACACGCAAUCGCUGCGUGCGCGAUCUCUACGAACCCGGCUCGACCUUCAAGCCGUUCAUCUGGUCGCUCGCAAAGACCAAAGGCUUGCUCCCUGACGACGAGGUGCUGCGCUUCGAUGUCAACUACUACCAGCCCUAUCCAGGACGCUCGCUCGAGGACGUCACCUUCCGCAAAGAACUCACCUGGGACUCGGUCAUGGAGUUCUCAUCCAACAUCGGCAUGUCCAUCGCAUCAAGCCGACUCGAAAUGCAGCAGACACGCAACACCAUCCGUGCUCUGGGAUUCGGGAGCAAGUCGGGACUCGGGAUCAUGGGUGAACAGCCGGGACUCGUGACGAGCGACAAGAACUGGUCCAAAUGGACUCAAACCUCCGUCGCGAUGGGGUACGAGGUCGCGGUGACUCCAGUGCAGAUGGCGCGUGCGUUCUCUGUAUUCGCUCGCGAAGGAGACAUGUCCGGCACACUCCCGCAACUCCGACUCACCGCCGCGGGACUGGACGAUCGCCGCGGACUGACCAAAGACGAGAUCAUCAUCGAGCGUGUGUUCGAUCCAGAAGUUGCUCGCCGCGUACGCGGACCGAUGGGAUUGGUCGCCGGACGCAUGGAUCGCAACAACCAGAGCGUCAAUGACGCUCCAGAACCCAAGUACUCCAUGUUCGGAAAGUCAGGAACCGCAUACAUCCCUUGCAUCCCUCCCCAAGGCAUGCGCCGUCCAAAUAACGCGAGCGGAUACUUCGCAAAGCAGUACAACAGCAGCUUCAUCGCCGCGGCUCCAGCGACGGCUCCUGAGAUCGUCGUGCUCGUGGUGAUGGACGAUCCGGGACCAGAGCACAUCGCCCAGCGCCGUCACUACGGGUCUUGGGUUGCGGGACCGGUUGUUCGCAGCAUCACCGAGCGUGUGCUGCCGUACCUAGGUGUCGAGCCCGAUGUCCUUGAAGACGAUCAAGCGGGAGAUUGA